AUGUCUACUACCUCGGUACCCGGCAGCGAUAAGAAGCCCAACACCUGGCAGGGGGCUGGCGCUGCCGAGUUUGACCUCAGAAGUGAUACAAUGACGAAGCCUACCGCAUCCAUGCUUGAAGCCAUCUGCCAAACGACUCUCCUCGACGAUGUCUUCAACGAAGACACAGUCACCAAUGAUUUGCAAAGCUACGUCGCCCAGAUAACGGGGCAUGAGUCGAGUUUGUUGGUUCUUUCGGGGACAAUGGGAAACCAGGUGGCCAUUCGCUCUCAUCUCGCGCAACCUCCUCAUUCGGUGUUGUGUGAUCAUCGAUCUCACAUCAUUUGUUAUGAAGCUGGUGGUGUAAGCGCAUGGACGGGUGCUACAAUGCAAACGGUUGUACCCAAGAAUGGGGUUCAUUUGACCUUGGAGGACAUCCAGAAGCAUGCUGUGCUCGACGAUAACAUCCAUUAUUGUCCUACCAAACUGAUAAGCUUGGAGAACACACUUGACGGAAUGAUUAUGCCCUUGAGCGAGGCGCGCCGCAUCGUGGAGUGGGCCCAUGCUAAUGACAUCAAGGUUCAUCUGGAUGGUGCUCGGUUGUGGGAGGCCGUCGUGGCCGGUGCGGGUAGCCUGCCCGAAUACGCCAGCCUGUUUGAUAGUGUCAGUCUUUGCUUUUCAAAGGGCCUAGGUGCGCCCAUUGGAAGUAUCAUUGUCGGUUCUCAAGACUUUAUUAAGAAAGCCCGCUGGUUCCGCAAAUCUAUUGGUGGCGGUGCUCGUCAGACGGGUGUGAUUGCAGCUGCCGCCCGAGUCGCCCUGGAUGAAACAUUUGGCACUGACCCUCAAGGCCGGACUGGAAAGCUUGCAGCAACCCAUGCAAAGGCGAAGCAGGUAGCCGAGAUGUGGACCAGUCGCGGAGGCAAGCUGGAGCACCCUUUGCACACCAAUAUGGUUUGGUUGGAUCUCGAGGCGUCUGGGGUGGGGCCGAAUGAUAUGGCACAGAUUGGACAAAAACAAGGACUGAGAUUGAUGGGCGGCCGGGUGGUGGUUCAUUACCAGAUCUCCGACGAAGCGAUCGCACGGCUUGAGCGAGUCUUCGACACUGCGCUCAAGGGAGAUUACCAGCGAAAUGAGGAUACGAGCAAACCCGUCGCUGUUGCCUGA